ACAGUCUAGUUCUAUAAAAUUAUUUGUUUUGAGUUCCGUUAAUAUAGUGUUUAUAUUUAAAAUGGAAUAUUAUACAAAAACAUUGUACUUCCUAAAAAGGAAAAGGCAAAUAGAAGACGAGCAUAAUUAUCCCAAAAGAAUAAAAAAUAUUGUGCAAACUAUAGAUGAGGAUGAUGUACUUCUAAUUGAUUCGGAUUACAGAUUUUCCGAUGAGGAAGACAAUAUCGAAUAUCGUGAUCUAUUAAAUAAAAAAACACCCAAGGAGAACGAAAUUAUUAGAUCUUCUAUAGUCGACCUCACCGGAGAUGACGAAGCCGGAUCAAUUAUUUCAAUCACAAGCUCAGUUGAGGAAUCUUCAUCUGAUGAAGAUAAUGAUGAUGAUGAUUUCAGUAGCACAUCAAAUACUAAUGAUUCUUACAACGCACACGAUAUAAUUGAUCUGACUGUAGAAGAUGAUGACAUUAUAUCAAUCACAAGCUCAGUUGAAAAAUCUUUUUCUGAUGAAGAGGAUGAUGGCGAUGAUGAUUCCUUUAACGCUGAUGAUGCAUUUUGACGACAAUAAUACCAAUUUUGACACUUCUAACCGAUUAAGACGAAACCCACCGAUAAUGACAACCCCCCUUCAAUUUUGACUCACCUUACCUAUUUUGACAACCCUAGCCAAUGAUGACUUAUUUUACCUAUUUUGACUACCCUCACCAAUGUUGACUCACCUUACUUAUUACAAAAACCCCCACAAAUAAUGACCAAACCAUACUGAAGAAAAAGGAUAAAGGAUAAAUUACGUACGGAUCGAUAUAAUUUAAUGCAAACAUGUUGAAAUAUACAGCUUGAAAAACGUCAAAAAUUCAAUACUUUAUACAAGUUUUAAAAUCAUAUAUGUACUAUAUAGCUAUAUAGUAUACAUAUUAUUAUGCUAUGACAAUUUCUGUUUCUUUUCUAAUUUUGAAGUGUUUAUACUUUUUGUUUUUUUGUAAAGUUUUUUACCAUUUGCCCUUUUAUAUUUAUAUACCAAGAAACAUUUUUUUUAGUAUUAAUGUUGUUUGUUUAAAAUUUAAUAUUACGAUUGUAAACACAAAUUUUUAUUA